GUCCUCGGAGUCACUGUUCUCUCCUGCUGUUCCUCUGGUGAGUCAACAAGGCGAUCACUCUCUGAGAAGGAGAUGAAGACAAAAAAGGAGCUGUAUUCUUCCUUAGGAGGUGCAAACCCUUCAUUCUGAGGCCUCACCUGCCCUCCUCCCCCUUUACCUCCUGUCUGAGCCCUGCACCUGUUGUGACUCGUCGGCCAGGUGAAGGGGAUCCUCUGGCCUUACGCUGUUGUUUCAGCUGACCCUAGCUGCAGGGCAAUUAGGAACCCAGUCUACUCAUUAGGCUGGGUCCCUGCUUUGCUCUCUCUCCCCCUGUCUCUCCCUUAAACCCAUCUCCCUCCCCUCCCUGUCGAUCCCUACCCCCUCCCACUCCAUCUCUGUCUAGCUCACUUCGAGCCUGCUUGUCACUGUGGCUGUGAAGCUGCAGAAGUUUCCCUGCUGGAGUAAAAGUGUGGAUCACAUCGCAAGGAGGAGGAAGAAAAGAGUGAAAAGGAAUUCUUCUUGUGGGUAAGAAGAAGUUGGAUCAAACUUUGGUCCGCUGAAUUAAAAGGAUUGUGCAGUUGGACGAACAGCAGGUAUGAAAAGCCAGACUGUGGUUGUGUCUGUGGCUCUGCUGGCCCUGUGCUGCCUGCUGAUCCCCAGAGGAGGGGAGAGCGCAGGGGGGAUACUUUCUCUCCAGGGGACUGAAGAGGAGAGGCAGGCAGGGGAUCAGCUGCUAGAUGAAUCCCAGGAUGACCCUGAAAGUGAGCAGCAUGGACUUGCAGUGGACCCACAUCUAGUGGAAAGACGUAAAAAAGACAAAAGAGACAUCAAGGAGGCUGCAAAGGAUGGAAUUUCAGGCAGAGUGAGGCGAGCCCCAGAAGAAGGCAAAAAGAAAAAGAAGGAUAAGAAGAAGAACAAAGAACCAAAAGAUCCAAACGCCACCAAAAAGCCCAAAACUGACAAGAAAGGAAAGAAGAAGGACAGAAAGACAACCACGACACUCCCACCGACCACAACAGUGAUCCCAACUGAGCCGCCCACUGAGCCAUACACAGAUUACCCCUAUCCUGAUGUUGAUGAGUACUGGAAACCAGACGAGGAUGACUACUGGGAGGCAGAGCACACACCAUCCAGCCCCCCACCCAAAGUCACAGACCCUCCAUACGACUACUGGAAACCAGAGGAAGAAGACCCAGCUGCCCUAGUCACAGACCCUCCAUAUGACUACUGGAAACCAGAAGAAGAAGACCCAACUGCCCCAGUCACAGACCCUCCAUAUGACUACUGGAAACCAGAAGAAGAAGACCCAGCUGCCCCAGUCACAGACAUCUACGAUGACUACUGGAAACCAGCAGAGAAAGAGCUGUCCACACCGAUGCCUGAUAUUUACGACUACUGGACUCCAGACGCAAAAGAUCCAUACGCUCCUGUGACUGAUAACUAUGACAGCUACUGGAAAGAGCCAGACCCCACGCCCCCUCCCCCAGAGGUUGAUGGGAAGGCUGGGACAGAUGACAGUGAUUACUGGGAUGCCACAUAUGAGGUGCCGGAUAAUCUUCCUUUCCCUGAUGGUAGAGAGAUCGACCCUGACAUCAAAGUAGAAACGCUUCCAGAGGAGCCUACAACCACCGGUCCCUAUGAAGGGACGUGGUAUGAAGACUACGACGAGUAUGGAAGGAAGGAGGAAGAAAAAUGGAUGGAGAGGGAGCGAGAAAGAGCAGCAAAAGAAAGAGAAAAAGAAGAGAAAGAGAGAGCACGGAAGCUGAAAGAGGCAGAGGAGCGGGCCAGGAACAGACCACGUGUCUUCAAAGAGCCAAAGAAGUGUCCACCCUUGGGUAUGGAGUCCCACAAGAUUGAACCAGACCAGCUCUCAGCCUCGUCUGUGUCUCAGUAUAUAUUUUCACCUCAGAGGGCAAGACUCAACAUGCAGGGCUCAGACGAUGAAGAUAACAUGAGAGGGGGAGCAUGGUGUGCAAAUGCUGAGGACAGGAUUCACUGGUUUGAGAUCGAUGCUCGCAGGGAGAUAGAGUUUACGGGAGUCAUAACACAAGGACGAGACUCCUCAAUUGAGAGCGACUUUGUGAUGUCCUACUUCCUAGCUUUCAGCAACGACAGCAGAGAAUGGACAACCAUUCACGAUGGAUAUGCUGACUGGCUGUUCUUUGGAAACAACGAUAAAGACACUCCAGUGAUGAACCAGCUGGCAGAGCCGGUGCUGGCUCGCUACAUCCGGAUCAUUCCUCAGAGCUGGAACGGCACUCUGUGUAUGAGGCUGGAGGUCCUGGGCUGCCCACUGCCUGAUCCAGUUGAUGUUCAGUACAGGCAAAAUGAAGUGACUCCAGUGGAUUAUUUGAAGUUUAAACACCACAGCUACACAGAGAUGGUUAAUCUCAUAAAGUCGGUGCAUGAUGAGUGUCCCAACAUCACCAGCAUCUACAGUCUGGGCCGCAGCACCAAGGGGCUGGAAAUCAUGGCCAUUGUCAUAUCUGGAAACCCCACAGAGCAUGAAAUAGGUGAGCCAGAGUUUCGCUACACAGCUGGUCUUCAUGGCAAUGAGGCAGUGGGUCGGGAGAUGAUCCUGCUUCUUAUGCAGUACCUGUGCAAAGAAUACAAAGACAGAAACCCCAGAGUCCAGCAGCUGGUAGAGGGGAUACGCAUCCACCUUGUGCCUUCACUCAAUCCUGAUGGACAAGUGGAAGCUUUCGAAGUGGGAUCAGAGCUGAGCGGGUGGACAACGGGACACUUCACCGAGGGGGGCUUUGACAUCUUCCAGAACUUUCCUGAACUGAACAGUAUCCUUUGGGACGCUGAGGAUAAAGGCAUGGUGCCCAAAAUCACCCCCAAUCACCAUGUGCCCAUACCAGAGAGCUACGAGACCAACAGCUUGAUUGCUGUGGAAACCAGGGCCAUAAUCUCCUGGAUGAAAAGCCAUCCAUUUGUGCUGGGUGCGAACUUCCAGGGCGGGGAGUCUAUUGUGGCCUAUCCUUAUGACAGCUUACGUCCCAACAAGCCUGCUGAGAGCCAGAAACCCCACAGCCGCAAGAAGAGACAGUACGAAGAAGAAGGUUUUGAUGUGACCGAGUGGGGGAGGGGCUACCAGGAGGAGCCAGAGGAAGACUGGAGAGGGAGAGGGUAUUCACAGCCUGAAGAGGAGUGGAGGGGCCACGGCUACGACCAUGGCUACGACCAUGGCUACGACCACGGCUACGACCGUGGUUAUGACCACGGUUAUGAUCGAGGCCAUGAUCGAGGCUACGACAACAGCUACGACCCAGGCUACAACCAAGGUUAUGAGCGCAGAGAGGAGGAAGAGGAUGACAGAGGAAGAAGCGCUGGCUACCCACACAGUGAGCCUGAGGAUGAGCUUCGGGUGAUUCCUGACGAGUCUCUCUUCAGGUGGUUGUCUGUGUCCUACGCCUCCACCCACCUGACCAUGACACACAACUACCACGGCUCCUGCCAUGGGGACACCUCUGCAGGGGUGCACGGCAUCGUCAACAGGGCCAAAUGGAAGCCAGUCUCAGGAAGUAUGAAUGAUUUCAGCUACCUGCACACCAACUGUUUGGAGCUGUCCAUAUUCCUGGGAUGUGACAAGUUUCCUCAUCAGAGUGAGUUGGCCCGGGAGUGGGAGAAGAACAGAGAAGCAAUGCUCAUCUUCAUGGAGCAGGUUCAUCGUGGCAUCAGGGGCAUUGUGAAGGACCAGCAGGGGAAUCCCAUCGCAAAUGCCACCAUUUCUGUAGAGGGAGUCAACCAUGACGUCACCACAGCACCCACUGGCGACUUCUGGCGGCUGCUGAACCCGGGCGAAUACCGAGUGACAGCUCGAGCUGAGGGCUUCUCUUCGCUGACUAAAACAUGUGUAGUUGGUUAUCAGUCAGGAGCGACUGCUUGCAGCUUCAAUCUGGCGAAGUCCAACUGGGACCGCAUCAAACAGAUCAUGGCCCUCCACGGCAACAGGCCGAUUCGACUCAGCUACAGCAACAACAGAGCGCACUACCCAGCAGUGACUAACGGCAACAGACGUGUGACAAACAGUAACAGUGGUUAUUCAGAGAGUUCACGUCUCAACGCUGAGCGACUGAGGCGGCGCAGGAUACUUCGUCAACGCCGCCUUAGACAACAGAGAUUACUGAGGUUAAGAACGACAACAACGUUACCCCCAACAACCACAAUUCCCACAACGCCAGAGACAACCACAACGCCAGAGACAACCACAUCCUGGUACGACUCGUGGAUCAUAGGUGAGGGGCAGUCAUCAACACCUGGUGGUUUCACAGACUCAAUCCUGGAUUAUAACUACGAGUACAACAUAGAUGACUAUUAAACUAAACACUCAAUAAGCACGCACCAGCCCUCUUUUUCUUGUAGAUCCUGCUGUCAAGUAUUCUGAGCAUCGUGACGAAUCAGAGAAUGCUCUUAGUACAUGUGGGAUUUUACAGAACGGUAACUAUAUUAUUGUAUAGUUUUCUAUUACUUGACAAACUGCCUCUUCAUAGAAAACAAUCCUGUAAACGGUUCUUUAGUUUGACAAAUCACACUGCAUCUCUCUCACUGUUCUGUUAUUCAGUCUUUUUAAGAAAACUUGUUUUUUUAUUGUAGAUGCACAUAAACAAAUGUCGUCAUUUUUUUUAUUUCACCAGAGUUGAAAUAUUUACACUGUCUUCAUCUGGGGCAGACAGAUUUUUUACAGUAUGAGCAGUCAUUAAAGGUACAAAAGCGUUUGUAACAGAGGAAUCUUUGGGGGGAGAAGUCUUUUGUCAUGUUUCCUCUGACACAGAGUGAUUUUUCUAAUAAAUGCUUGUUCAUACACA